UUUCCGAGAGGUGUAUAAUAGGCAUUAGCCAUAAACCCGACAAUACGCUCUUUCAAUAAAUUCAACGGUGCACAAUCCUUCGAUACCCUCCUAUCACAACAAAAUACUGAUUCCUGAUGAUUACACGUGUGAGAUAUACUACGUGAAAAGGUUUGCAUUUCAUUUUAUAUAUUUUGUGCAGUCAGAAAACAUGGAGUGAUAUUUUUGAGCUGGAUUUGUAUCCUGAAUACGCGGCGAAGAAACAAAGAAGAUAAUGAUGACUAGCCAGAGUUCAAAUACAAGUUCUCAAUCAGAAGAACAUUGGUUCGACACCAUUCUUCAUCGGAUUGGUAAUGGUGUUACACCAGACGACUAUCAUACCUUUGGCCUAAAAUUAGGAGUACCUCGAGAAAUGAGUCGGAAUAUACGAGAGAGCGCAGAUGAGGUUUUUCCCGAUGUCACAAUCGCUCUUCUGCGUCAAUGGAUGAGAAAGCUGGGAUUCACUCCAGAGCAGCUGGCUGAUGAACUAGUGAAGGCUCUCAAAGCUGUUCAGUGCGAGAAAUUGGCCACAACAAUACAACAAGAAAUCCAGGAAAAUGAGGAAGAAUGGAAGAUAUGCAUCCAACCACAAAAUGCUGCUGAUACUCUGUCUAAACGUCUUGAAUCUCAGAAAAUAUCACCGGAAGCCAAAGAAACAGAUGCUUAUGGAACAAAGAGUACGGCAAAUGGACUUUCAAAACGGAGAAAGAAACCAAAAGCGAACUAUCUCAUACAGCCUCCCUGGAAAAAUUACUGAGACGUGUGACCAACAGUAACAAACUGAAAUAACAAUGUUGGUGAAAGAUCUA